AGACCUCCAGACCUGGCCUCCACGGGUCCCCUUCCCUCCGAGAGGCUGAGAGCAACAAACAUCACUGCGCUCAACAGAGGAGAGAGAGCUGACAGACUCCAGACGACCAGUUAAAUUAUCAUGAAGUCGACAUGUCUGCUCAUCUUGGCGUCUCUCGUGGUCUGCAACUUGACUGUGUGUGGAGGACAGGGCAUCCCCGCUGAGGACGAGGCGGACGGGAGGACCAUAGACGACAUCAUCCUCCAGAGGGCAGAGAGUCUCCUGCUGCGCUCCAUCCUCAAGAAGAUCCAGGAUGAAGACGGCAGAAACGAGGGAUCAUCUCAGAUAGAAUGGGUGACAAAACGACAGCAUCCCGGUAAGAGAUACAGCGAUGACUUGGAGAAGCGCCAGCAUCCGGGGAGGAGAGAAGAAGACGAGGAGGAGCAGUACCUGGAUGUUCAAAAGAGACAGCACCCGGGAAAGCGCGAAGACGAAAUGCACUCGUUCAUGGAGCUCCACAAAAGGCAGCACCCGGGGAAGCGCACCGCGACCGGAUACGUUUCUGAAACCCCAGUGAUGCUCCUGGGAGAACUUUCAAAGCGCCAGCACCCGGGGAAGCGCUACCUGCUGCUGCACAGCAAGCGCCAGCACCCAGGUAAGCGCAGCCCCGAGGACGAGGACGACUAUGGGGACUGGGACGCGGAUGGAGACGAAGACCUGGCCGAGUUGGAAAAGCGUCAGCACCCCGGAAAACGCUUUUGGGAUAACUCCAGUCCGGAUUUCGGCACAAACAGUCCCUGUGACGUAUUGGACCCUACGAGCUGCAGCAAGACCAGUUUGCUGCUCGACUUUUUAGACAACAUUACCAAGAGCCACGCCGAGGAGAAGAGACAGCACCCGGGGAAAAGGUUUGCCCCCGAGGAGGAUUUAGUGGAGGCAGAGUAGGGUCAACUAAAGUCUGGUGUGCGUGUACUGCUGUAUUGUAAACAAAUAAAUGUGUAAAUGAAUCGAUCAUAUGAAUUAUUAAAAACGAAAAAAUAAGUUAAUAUUUUGUGCCACAGUUUUUCUUUGGCAGACAGUAACUGUCCCAUCACCGCGAAACAUUCACCUGCUGUUUGCUUCUUUGGAGAGCUUGUGCGUAAUUGUCCUCCAGACUGACUAUAUCGCUCUAAAUAUGGUCUUCAGAAGAGUGAUGUUGAAGUUUAUUAACCCGUUAUUUAGUAUCAUUUCGUUAAUUAGGCUCCUUGUGCUGAGGUCAGGUCCAGGAAUGAAAGCACCAGUCUGCUGGCUGCUGCCUCUGUGAGGCGACACACAGCUUCAACAUGAUCCAUGAAACUGGCUCCUUUACAGCUUCGCAGAGAGAAAUCCUUCAUUGGUUGAUUUG